AUGGCAUCUACUUCUGCUUCUAGUUGUAAUACUGGAUGUCAACAAGAGAACGAUCAUACAAAUGCAUCAGAAGGAAUUGUUCCAUCUCCAUCUACUUCUGUUACAGCCUCAAUGGGAUCCCUGUUUUCAUCCUGUUUUAGCUGGUUUUCUUUCUUCAUUUCUCUCUGUUCAACUAAAUCCCAUUCUAUGCCUCAUAGAUCUACCUUGAGUACUCGGGUUAGACAUGAUUGUCAGGAGAUCUCACCAUCUUCAUCCACCACGCAUGCUUUUGAACAAGUUACACCAUCUCCUUCUACUUCUGGUAGAUCCACGAUGCCGGAGAGAAAGCUGCCCUAUGAUAUAUUUAUUAAUCAUCGUGGCCCUGAUGCUAAAAAGACACUCGCCACCGAUCUCUACAAUACCCUCAAUGGCAUGGGAUUGAGGGUUUUUCUUGAUUCCCAAGAGCUUGAAUUGGGGGAUUACUUGCCUACAGAGAUUGAAGAAGUAAUUUGCAGGGCUUCACUUCAUAUAGCUAUACUUUCUCCGAGGUAUGCACAAUCCCCAUGGUGUUUGGCAGAGCUUUCAUUUAUGCUUAAAACAUGCACUCCAAUUGUUCCUAUUUUCUAUCAUGUUCAACCUGAUGACGUCCGAUAUGCAAAAGGAGUAUAUGGUCAUGCAUUUUUAGAACACGAAAAGAAGGGUAGGUAUACCUCAAAAAAGCUUCAGGAGUGGAAGAACGCGCUCAACAAUGUUUCAUAUAAUGUUGGUAGCAUCAUUCAUAAUGAAGUUACAUAUGUUAAGCAAUGUUUGUUCCGUUUCGUUUUGUUGUUGUUCUAUAUGUCUGGUGACGGGGAGAGCCUGCUCAAGAGUAUAGUUAAUCAUGUUUUCUUCCUGUCAAAGUUCAGAUCCAGAUCCAUGGCAUUUGCUUCUGCUUCUAGUUGUAAUAUUGGAUGUCAACAAGAAAACGAGCAUACAAAUGCAUCUGAAGGAAUUGUUCCAUCUUCAUCUACUUCUGUUACAACCUCAAUAGGAUCCUUAUUUUCAUCCUGUUUUAGCUGGUUUUCUUUCUUAAUUUCUCUUUGUUCAAUUAAAUCCAAUUAUGUGCCUGAUAGAUCUACCUCUAGUACUCAGCUUGAAUUAGGGGAUUUAAUGCCUACAGAGAUUGAAGAAGUAAUGCGCAGGGCUUCACUUCAUAUAGCUAUACUUUCUCCGAGUGACGAGGAGAGCCUGCUCAAGAGUAUUGUUAAUCGUGUUUUGAAAAUAAUAAAAAAUGUGCUAUUUGUGGUUUCCAAACAUCCGAUUGAUCUAGAUGAAGUUGUCAUAGAUUUUGAGAGGACUAUGCUUCAAUCUGCAAAAAGCUCUCACACAGUGCAAAUUGUGGGAAUUUGGGGCAUGGGAGGUUUUGGCAAAACCACUCUUGCCAAACAAUUAUAUAACAAUAAAUACAUAAUUAUAGAAAAGUCUAGUUUUCUUUUUGAUGUUAGAGAUGUUGCUUCAAAAAUUUUAUUGCAUAAUAAACAGAAAAAUAUUUUGGAGGACUUCGGUCUUCAGGGUAUAUUGGUUGACAAUAUAGAAGAAGGGAAGGGAAUUCUUGCCAACCAUUUGAGAUCUGUUCAAGUGCCGAUCAUUCUAGAUGAUGUGGAUAAUGAAUAUCAAUUAGAUGCUCUAGUGCCUAAUAAGGAUAGUCUUGGAUGGGAAUUACCUUUUGUUAUUUGGGUGUCUGAGAGGAUAUCUUUUUCUGCCUCAGAGUGCUAG